AUGACGCGCGCCUCUGCCAGCCUGGGUGCCGCCACGAUCGUCGCUCUGUGGUGCGCCCCGCCAGCUCUGGGCCUGGAGACCCCGAAGCCGGGCCCGGGCCCGGACUCCGGGCACUUCUGCGGCCAGCUGGCGGCCGAGGGCCUGGCCUCCGAGUGCGGCCUCGGGCUGCAGGUCGGGUGGCAGGCCAGCGGCGGCGCCGAGGGCCCCGGCGACCCCGGGGCGGAGGUCGACCCCCCCGCGCCGGCCGGCGCGGAGCUGCCGUGGGCGCGGCGCGCCGUGGCGCUGGCGGCCUCGCCGGAGCUGCGCUCGCUGUGGGUGGAGCUCCUCUGCUUCCUGGGGGCCCUGGCGGCGAUCCGCCUGCUGCUGGGCGGGAGGCGCCCGGCCGCCCCGGGCGGGAAGGCCCCGAAGCAGGCGCCCUCCGCUCCGGCGGCGCGCGCGCCGCCGCCUCGCGGCGGCGGGGCGCCUCGCGCGCUGGAGUCGCUGGCCGCGAGGGGCAGGCCGGCGGCGGCGGUGGUGGAGGCCUGGCGCAGGGAGAAGGCCCAGGGCGAGGUGCAGCUGCCGGGCCUCCGGGCGGCGGUGAAGGCCCUGGCCGCCGCGGCGCCCGAGCACCUGGUGGAGGAGGUGCUCUCGUACCUGGAGCGGCCGGGGCUGUCGUACCUGGCGAAGCCGCAGACGCUCCACCUGCUGGUGGACGCCGCCGCCAGCGCGGGCCGCCCAGACCUCGGAGGGGAGCUCUCGGCAGCCGCCGCGCGCCGGCUCGGGGUUGCGCCGGACGAGCGCGUCCGCGACGCGCUCCUGAACGGGCACGCGGCGUGCGGCGACGAGCAGAAGGUCGAGGAGCUGCUGGCCCAGUGGGGCGCCGAGGCCUCUGCGCGCCGCAGGGCGGCGGCCUUCAGGGGCUUCCUGAAGGGCGGCCACGUUGCCGCGGCGGUGCGUGCGCUGGCCAAGAUGCACCACCAGGGGCUCGAGCUGCCGCCGAAGGCCCUGGCCGAGCUCUUCGGCGCGGCCUUCGCCACGGGUGCGGCGCCGGUGGCGCUGGGGGAGCUCGAGAAGGCCGGCGUGCCGCUGCCGGCCGAGUGCCUGCACCAGGUCCUCGGGGACUGCGUGCACCGCGAGGACCUCGAGACGGGCCGGCUGGUGGAGCGCUUGCUGCGGGCGCAGCAGCAGGGGCUGACGGCCGCUGCCUGCGAGAUGCUGGUGAAGUUGCACGCGUGCACGGACGACGCGCGCGGGGUGGAGCUGUUCCGCGAGCUGCAGGAGAGCGGCGUUUGCGGAUCUUUGCUGUCAGAGGGCUUGUGCGUCAGUUUGUUGGCCAAGUGCGCGGAGUCCAAAAACUUGCGGUUGGCUGAUGCGGUUGCAGCGGUCGUGCGCGAGAGGAAGAUGGUGACGCUGUCUUUCUACAAAACGCUUAUGAAGCUCUAUGCUUGCUGCGGCCUUUUCGACAAGGCCUGCGACCUGUACGGCGAGCUCGUGUCCGAGGGGCUGGAGCCUGAUUCGGUGAUGUACGGCUGCCUCGUCAAGUUCUCCGUCAAGUGCAGGCGCACCGAGCUAUCCGAGGUGCUGUUCGAGAAGGCUGGGGGCGGCUACGUCCAAAACUACAUGUGGCUCAUCCGCUCCGCGGGCCAGGACGGCGACGUAGCCAGGGCGAUACGCGUACUACGUCGCUUGGAGGAGGCGCAGCCCGCGGGAGUCGACGUGAUGGUUUACAACUCGGUGCUGGACGUGUGCGUCUCGCACGGGGGUACGGAUGAGGCCAAGCAGCUCUUGGAAGAGAUGACGUGCAAGGGCGUGGAUCUCAACCUAGUCACCUACAACACCCUCAUGAAGGGGCACUCUGCCAAGGGCGACCUGCCCAGCGCUAGCGCCGUAAUGCGGGACAUCAAGGCGGCGGGCCUCUCCCCAGACGCCGCCUCCUACAACUGCCUGAUCAGUGCCGCCGUCACGGCUGGGAACGUGGCGGAGAGCCUGAGGGUCUUGGACACGAUGGAGCGACAGGGCGUCCCCAUAGACAUGUACACGGUGUCAAUCAUCAUGAAGGCCGUGCGGCGUGCCAGCAGCCCGCGGGAGGCCGAGAGGGCGCUCUCCCUGCUGGACCGGUCCCGCGUGGACGUCUGUGAGGAUGAGGUGCUGUUCAACACCGUCCUCGACGCCUGCAUUUACAGGGUGGACAGGGCGCGCCUGUCCAGGGCGCUCGCGGCCCUGAGCGGCAGCAGGGUGCGCCCGUCCGUGCGCACCUACGGCCUGCUCAUCAAGGCCUGCAGCGUGCUGAGGCAGACCUCCCGAUGCUGGGCGUUCUGGCAGGAGAUGGUGGUGCAGCGGGGCCUGGAGCCCAAUGACAUCACGCUGAGCUGCAUGAUCGACGCCUUAGUGGAGGGCAAGCAGGUGGAGGACGCUGUCGGGAUCUUCCAGCAGUGGAAGUCGAAGGCAAACGGCAACACGGUCAUCUACUCCACUCUGAUAAAGGGCUUCGCCAGUACUGGAGAUGCUGACCGCGCAAUGGCGACGAUGCGCGACAUGCAGGCCGAGGGCGUCAAGAUGAACAUUGUGGCCUACACCGCCCUCAUCGACGCCCACGCCCGCAGUGGCAGCAUGCAGGAGGCCCGCCGCCUGCUCGAGCUCAUGGAGCAGGACGGCUGCCAGCCCAACACCAUCACCUACUCGAAUUUGGUCAAGGGGCACUGCGUUCAGGGAGAUCUGCAGCAGGCGCUCAGCGUCUUCAACGAGAUGCUGCAGCGGGGCAUCCGGGCCGACACGGUGAUCUUCAACACCAUGCUCGACGGCUGCGUGAGGCACGGCCACUUCCAGCUGGCCGACAAGCUGCUGGAGGACAUGCAGAGCUACAGCCUGGACGAGUCAAACUUCACGCUGUCAAUCGUGGUGAAGAUGUGGGGCAAGAGGCGCGACCUCGACCGCGCCUUCGCCGCCGUGCGCGCGGCCCUGCGGGGCGACCGGGGGCGCCGGGUGGACCCGCUGGUGGGCGCCUGCCUCGUGGGGGCCUGCCUGCACAACCACAACCCCGACCGCGCGCUGGAGGAGAGCGCUGGCGGAGAUCAAGGCGCAGCCCCGGUUUGAGGGCCCGUGUGCGAACACGUACAGCUCGCUGGUGUGCGGGCUGGUACGCUCCGGCCGCCUCCGCCAGGCGGCCGAGAUCGCGGAGGAGGCCUGCGUCGGCGGCAGCGAUCAAAGCUCCCCGAGGGCACCUGGGCUGAACCAAGAGCCGCUGCAGCAGCUGUUCCGGGAGCUGCAGAGGCAGGGGCUCAUGGGCGAGCUGGGGAACCCGCUCGCUGAGAAACUUCGGGCUGCAGGCG